AUGGACAAAAUUCAAAUCCACACGAUUUUCUUGUUCCAGUUCAAACUAGGCCGAAAAGCUGCCGAGACAGCCCUUUCUUCGUUAUCUAUCUAUCUAUCUAUCUCAGUCUAUUUCUUUUUUUCUAUCUAUCUAUCUAUCUAUCUAUCUAUCUAUCUAUCUAUCUAUCUGUGUUUCUUCGUUAUCUAUCUAUCUAUCUAUCUAUCUAUCUAUCUAUCUAUCUGUGUUUCUUCGUUAUCUAUCUAUCUAUCUAUCUAUCUAUCUAUCUGUGUUUCUUCGUUAUCUAUCUAUCUAUCUAUCUAUUUAUCUAUCUAUCUAUCUAUCUAUCUAUCUAUCUAUCUAUCUAUCUGUGUUUCUUCGUUAUCUAUCUAUCUAUCUAUCUAUCUAUCUAUCUAUCUAUCUAUCUAUCUAUCUGUUUCCUCUGGUAUCUAUCGAUCUAUCUAUCUAUGUCUGUCUGCUCAUAUCUAUCUAUCUAUCUAUCUAUCUAUCUAUCUAUCUAUCUAUCUAUCUAUCUCAUUCUGCUCAUAUCUGUCUAUCUAUCUAUAUCUCUAUCUAUCAAUUCGUAUAUGUAUCAGUCUGUUCAUAUCUAUCUAUCUAUCUAUCUAUCUAUCUCAUUCUGCUCAUAUCUGUCUAUCUAUCUAUAUCUCUAUCUAUCAAUUCGUAUAUGUAUCAGUCUGUUCAUAUCUAUCUAUCUAUCUAUCUAUCUAUCUAUCUAUCUAUCUAUCUAUCUAUCUAUCUCUAUUUUUCUUUCUUUCUUUCUUUCUUUCUUUCUUUCUUUAUUUAUUUAUUUAUUUAUUUUUCUUCCUUCAUUUUUCUUUCUUUAUUUCGUUCUUUCUUUCUAUAUUUUUAUUCUUUCUUUCUUUUUCUUUCUUUCUUUCUAUAUUUUAUUUCAGUCUUCUUCCUUUAUUUUUCUUUCUUUCUUCAUUUAUUUAUUUUUAUUCCUGUCGUCUUUCUUUUUCUUCCUUCAUUUUUCUUUCUUUAAUUCGUUCUUUCUUCUUUAUGUUUUCUUUCGUUCUUUCUUUCGUUCUUUCUUUCUUUCUUUCUUUCUUUGUAUAUUUUUAUUCCGUUCCACUUUCUUUGUUUUUCUUUUUUCUUUCUUUCUUUCUUUCUUUAUUUCUUUCUUUCUUUCUUUAUUUUUUAUUCCUGUCCUCUUUCUUUUUCUUCCUUCAUUUAUCUUUCUUUUUUGUUCUUUCUUUCUUUCUUUCUUUCUUUCUUUCUUUCUUUGUAUAUUUUUUAUUCCGUUCCACUUUCUUUGUUUUUCUUUUUUCUUUCUUUCUUCCUUUCUUUCUUUCUUUCUUUCUUUCUUUCUUUAUUUAUUUUUAUUCCUGUCCUCUUUCUUUUUCUUCCUUCAUUUUUCUUUCUUUUUUGUUCUUUCUUUCUUUCUUUCUUUCUUUAUUUAUUUAUUUAUUUAUUUAUUUAUUUUUUAUUCCCGUCAACUUUCUUUGUUUUUCUUCUUUUCUCCGUUUCUUUCUUUCUUUCUUUCUUUCUUUCUUUCUUUCUUUCUUUCUUUCUUUCAGACUUUUUCACAUUUUUAAACAUUUGACAUUUUUCUUUCUUUCUUUCUCUUCUCGUUCUUCCUUAAAUAGAUUUGCCUUUCUUUCUUUUUUUCUUUCUUUGAUUCACAUUUUUAGACGUUUUGAGUUUCUUUCCUUCUUUCUUUAUUUCUGUUUCUUUCUUUUAUCAAUUCACAUUUUUAUUCAUUUUUAUCUUCUUUCUUUUUUCUUUCUUUAUUCCUUUGUUUCUUUCUUCUAUUGCUUCACAUUUUUAGAUUUUCAUUUUUUAUUUCUAUUUUUCUUUCUUUUAUCAAUUCAUAUUUUAUUCUUUUUGAUUUUCUUUUUUUUCUUUCUUCGAUUCACAUUUCUAAUUUCUUUCUUUCUUUCUAUGUUUUCUUCAUUUGGCAAUUCACAUUUUUAUUCAUUAUGA